UUUCAGAUUCUUAGUGAACUGUCUUAACUUUAAGGGUCCAAGUUUACUUAACUCAGAAAACAACUAAGAGAUUGAAAGUUAAGAAGUGUCACAACACGUGGUAAUGUCACCUUAAAGAUGUUUGAUUUUGCCCGAAAAUUUACGAAUUUUAAUGAUAAAGAUCAUUGAUCAUCAAGACAGAAGUCAUGGAAAUUUGAGUAAAAUCUGUUAAGAAUUAGAGGAAAAGGGGUACAUAAAGUGACUUUGGAGAAGGCACAUGCAUACAACUAGAUGACUGUUACUUGGACAAAUCAGGGUAAUCAUAUAAUAUGAGGAUUUCUAGUAGGCAGACAGGAAUAUGUCACAAAAACUCCACGCAGGAGCAACAUGCAUCAAUGAAUAUCGAGUAGGGAAGACCACAUGAAAAAGGAGUUCUUUAGGCAUCUAAUUAUGUGAACCACAUUAAAAAAAAGAUGACGAUCCUAUCAAUAUGGGGAACAGUUUAAUGGUGAUUUUUCAACAAUUAUUUUUAGAGGAAGUCUGAUACGAAACGCGUUGUGAUGAAGCUGACAUUUCGCCAGAAACUGGAGUGCGUUGCGUCCAAGAUUUGCCACGAUGAAUUUCACAUAAUGAAUGUGUAAAUGUUAAAAAAAAUGUGUAUGAUUGACAAUUUUUUUCCGGAAGUGCAGUUACCAUUGUUUACAUUUCGAAAGUCAGUCUGCUUGAUUGAAAUUUAAACAUAUCUACAUGAUACUGCAUAUUUGUAAAUAUUACUGAAAGACCUGUAGACAUAUUUAUUCCGGGGAUAUUCCAAGUUGUUACGUAAAUUAUAGAACCGACAUCGGUGGUUUCUUAAGUUCAUCGUCGGGGAAGAAAAAUUCAUUCGAUACUGAGAAAAAAUAAGAUAGUUUUCAUUUGAUAAAGACAAUCAUAUUGGCCCCAGAACAUCCUCGGGAUAUUUAAUUGGAAACCUGCUGAAGUCAAAGAUUAUUGCCAAGAAAAAUAAAAGUUUAUUAAACGAGCCUCAGCAUCGACAAUUUUCGAAGAAUUGUCUGACGUUGGAACUAAUUACUGUAAAUGACCAUGCAAGUGCAGGGACUGUUAGUACUACUGUAUUUUUAUCUCAUGUUUCCGGUUAAUAGCAUUGGCCUAUGGUGGGCGGUAGGUAGUCCCUUGGUUAUGGACCCAAACAGCAUUUGUCGAAAAAGUCGAAGAUUAGCGGGAAAACAAAGAGAAAUAUGUCGAAAAGAAAUUGAAAUCGUAGAAGAAGUAGCAAAUGGGGCCAAGCUAGCGCUGGGCGAAUGCCAAUACCAGUUCAGAAACAGAAAAUGGAAUUGUACGACAUCUAGAAGAAUGCUUUCAAGAGUUCUUAAAACAGAUACCAGAGAAUCAGCGUUUGUUUAUGCAAUAACCGCUGCCGGAGUCACAUUUGCUGUAACGGAGGCCUGUGCGAUGGGCAAACUCAUGCAAUGUUCUUGUGAUAAUAAAGUUCAAGACAUUAAUACGGACGGCGACUGGGUUUGGGGAGGCUGUAAUGAUAAUGUAGACUUUGGGUAUCGAAAAUCUAAAGACUUCAUGGACGCUCGCAAGCGAAAACGUCGAGGGGACCUGACAACAAGAAUACAGUUACACAACAACGAGGCCGGGAGACUGGCUGUUAAAAAAUAUACAAGGGAUGUGUGUAAGUGUCACGGGUUGUCCGGUUCAUGUGCACUAAAGACGUGUUGGCGGAAAAUGCCACCGUUUCGAAGUGUUGGUGAUAGACUUAAAGAGGAAUUUGAUGGUGCAAUUCAAGUAGAAAUCUCUAAUGAUGGCAAAGCCUUGGAAACUAAAUCUAAAACAAUUAAGCCUCCUUCUCGCGAAGACCUUGUUUACUCGGAGAAUGCCCCAGAUACAAGGUUUUGUCGUAAAAACAGGAAGUGGGGAUCCUUAGGAACUAAAGGACGACUUUGCGAUCCUAAGUCUAUGGAAGUAGGAGGAUGUGACCUACUUUGUUGUAAUCGAGGAUACAAAACAGAAAAAGUGACCCUGAAAGGAAAUUGCAAAUGUAGAUUCAUCUGGUGUUGUGAUGUGCAAUGUGAAACAUGCGUACAAGAAAAGACUAUACACAGAUGUCUAUAGCUCUCCUGUGUUUAAAGGAGCGUUUGUUAUUUAACUAUGGAGGCCAUUUUACAUGCCAAAACAAAGAAAUUUGGGGAUUUUUUUAAAAAUUAGGUUGGAAUGAAAGUGUUUUGUGUAAAUGAACGUGUACAUUUUGUUGUUGUUGAAAAGUUGCAAACACAGUAAAUUGCUCUUGAAUUGGAGAAUUGUAAAAAGAGAAAGAUUACAACUAAUAUACAUUUGUAUCCAUUGAAGUGUCUGCAUAUUCACUUCAAGGCCGUUCAGUAUUUAUGAUCAUUGUAUCCAUAUUUUAUCAUUACGAUAUUGUACAUAUGCGUUAUAGAAUAUUUCUUGAUUAAAAUAAGCUUCAAUUAGAUGUUACAGUAUUGAAAUAUUUACAAGAUCUGACUGAAUAUUUUGUCAGUUCUAGAGGGUUAUGUUCUGAAAUUGUAAAUAUAUUUAUUUAAAUUAAUUACUGUUUUAUUUACAUAUCAUAACUUUAUUUUGUAUGUUGCUUAUAAAGUAUAUAGGGUACAAAGGAGUUUAAAGAAGGCUUCUUUUAUGUCAUAUAUUUAAACGUUUGUUGUUUUUCAUAUGUAAGAUAGGAAAUCAUUGACAUGUACCUUGCUUAGCAUUUUUUCUACUUUAUUUUAAAACGUCUUCAACUAAUGUUGUCUUUUCCCCUUUUUCCAAAUUAUAUUUAUUUUAAAGAAACAGAAUCUUUAUGAAAAAUUAUGAAAUGAAUACUCUUCCUUACAAGAUCAAAAGAUUAAAAGAUUAAGCAAUAUGUACAUGUACAUGCAUUUGAUUUUUAUGUUACUAUAACUCAGAAUACUAGUGCCUUAUAGUCAGAUACAAGUUUAAUUUACUUAGGAAUUAUUCAUUAUUGAACAAUAUCUUAAAUAUUGUAAGCAGUGGUAUUUCUUUUUUCAUCUUUUAACAUGAACAUUGUUCAAAUGUUGAUUAUUACAGUAAUAGCCUAGUUUGAUCAGUUUCUUAUUUAGCAAAUGAUGCUUUAAGCUUCCAUCAGCAUUCAGUCAAUAAUGGCUUGAACAGGAUCAGCAUUAGCAAUAAACAUUAUAAUUAUAAAUAUUGGAGUUACAUAUAGAUGUUUUGAAAAAAGCAAAUGAGCCUUGUGCAUGAAUAUAUAGUAUAUAUUAAGUUCAUUAUGCAGAAUUAAGAGUGAAAAAAAGUCCACAACAAAGCAUUCAAGAUAAACAGCAUUAAUAAGGAAAUUAGAAACAUUCUUUGCUGGAGCAUUUUAUUUUCAAAUAUACAGGGGUUACUUUAAAGGUUAGUGGAGAUGAGAAGGGGAUACAAUGUUAGAAAUGUUAACAGAAAGUUCGUGUUUGCAGUAUUGUAUAACUAUUUGACAAUUUAAUGUAUUGUUUCAAAUGCCACAUUUUUAAAAAAAAAUUGUAGGUAGUCUAUUUAUUUCACAACUUAAACUUGAUAAACUGCCAUUAUUAAGAACCACGUUUCUUUCCUUUUACUUUACAUUGCUUUCAAGCUAACACAUCAAAAGCAAUGAACGUUUUUUUGUUUGUUUUUUUUUUUUGCUAUCUUUUGUAUCAACAAAGAUUUUUUUGUAUUAUUUUUUUCUGAAAAAAAUGUCAAAUAGUCUUUUAAAAUGGGCAUUUUGCAUAAUGAUAUAUUUUCAAAACAAAGA